AUUUUUAAGACAAAACCCAAAAAACACACAAAAAAAGAAAAAUGGGGAAGCCGACGUCGCAAAACAAUAGCUCUAUAAACCAUUUCAGCCACCCACACCGCCUUCAAUUAUCCCAGGCGACGUCAUCACCACCGUGCUCCGCCUGCAAACUCGCCGGAGGCAACGGCCGUGUUUACUCAUGUAGGCCAUGCAACUUCUCUCUCCAUGAGUCGUGUAGCAAGAUGAAGCAGGUAAUAACACAUCCGUCUCACCCUUCUCAUACGCUUAGUCUCCUUGUGGCUCCUAUCUAUGACGGUGGAUACUUCAACUGUGAUGGUUGUGGCGUCCACGGGACGGGUUUUAGCUACCAAUGCUCUCUAUGCGACUACGACAUCCACGCGCUUUGUGCUUACAAGCCGCUCUCUAUCAUCCACAAUUCUCAUCCGCAACACAACCUUAAACUCGUGUUUCAAUCUCCCUAUGGAGCCAAUAAAGGUUUCUCUUGCGACAUCUGCCUUAAGAUCGGGAAGAACCAGUGGCUCUAUCGAUGUAUCCCCUGCGAAUUCGACGCUCAUGUCGGUUGCAUCACUGCUCCUCACCUCCUUCAACAUAGUACUUCUGCACCUAAUCCUCAUACUCAUCAUGCCGGUCACCCUCAACAUCAAAACUCGCUUCCUAUGCCUAAUCAAGGCAGUAACAGGCCCAGACCCAUGCCUACGACAAGGCCCAAUAGGCCCAUCGGUAAUCCCAAUAGGCCUAUAGCUCAAAACGCGUCUGCCUAUGAACCAAGAAGACAGAACAACAACAACAACAACUUGGCUUAUAAUGCUCAGGUUGGGCCUAUUGGACCGAAUGAACUUAUUGGUCAAGGAUCAAUGGAUGGUAGUGGCUACGAUGGUAGUGCAGGGAAUGAAGAAUUUGACGUUGAAGUUGAUGUUGAUGUUGAUAUUGAUGUCGAUGUCGAGGUUGAAUACGAAGGUGAUGUGAAUCUUGAAGAGGGUAACGACGAAGGAGAACAAGUUGAUGGUAACGGGAUUGAAUUUGUGGCUUGUGGUGAUAAUUUAAGUGUUGCAUAUAGCGAGAGUGAUUUUGGAGGCAGUAGUGAUGCUCGUAGCCAAUGUAAUGAUUUGUCUGAUGCUGAUCUCUAUCCACCAUCUCUGGAUAACACACAAGGACCAGGACCGGUUCGUAUGAAACAAGGCUCGGGUGGUGGGAGGAAGAAAAACAGGAACCCGAAUGGUCAGGCUGCUCGGUCUAAGAAUAUAGUUGGUAAUAGCCCACGUGCUAGGCUUCAAGGAUCCAAGAGUCCAAUACAAAGCCCUAGAGGAUCUCAAAAUAGAAGUGUGCAAAAUGUUCGUAACAAUGCAACAAGAGGUCGUGGUGGAGCUGUGAGUGUAAGAGUUAAUAGGCCUCGUGACCCUUCUGCAUUUAUUGCACCUCAAGGAUUUAAUGGGCCUAGUGGUGGGCCGUCCAAUGCAGUAGAUAAUGGUGGCAACAAUGAUAACUACAACGAAGUUUAUGGCGUUGACGUGUAUGUUGGUGAAGAUAAUGUUGGUUACGAAGAGAGUUAUGGUGAUGAUUUUGCUGGUGGUGAUGGUGAUUGUGAUUUUGAAGUUGGAGGUGACUUCGGCGAUGAUGGCUAUGAUCAAGGUUAUGAUGAGAAUUAUGGUGAAAACGAUUUCGAAAGCUAUAGCGACAUCACUGGAGGAAGUGAGUCUAUGUAUGAUGAGGGUGAAUCUUAUGGGACUAUGGAUAAUUCACAAUAUAGUGGUUUAAAUGAAGAGCCCAAUAACCAGUAUGCACCUAUGGUUGGGCCGGUUGGUGGACCAGGAACGAAUAACCAGAACCAAUACGGUCAAAAUGGUAGGCAAAGGAAUAUGGGCAUGUAUCGACGAGGUGGUACAAACAUGAACAGGUAUGGAAACGUGAACCAAGGUGCAAAUAGGUAUCAGCCGAGAACUAUGGGUCGACCCGUCCAAUAUAGACCCAAUGGACGACCUAACAUGGCGAAUGGUGGACCCAAUGGACCUACUGGACUUGGCAACCCAAUGUUGAUGAAUACAAUGGUGCGAGGUUUGUGCCAAGGCUUUGCGAUGAACAUGCUCAUUGGUGGUGGCGGUGAUGCUAAUGGUGGAGUGGGUGACGGUAGUGGAGGAGACUUGUUUGGUGGUGGAGUGGGUGACAGUGGUGGAGGAGACUUGUUUGGUGGUGAAGCAGGAUCACUAUUCUAAAAGAGGUGAAAAUGGAAUUGGAUAUUACGAAAUUGAAAAAUAUUUUUAUUUCAUUAAGUACUGUUUGAAUUUAUA